AUGGACAUCAAAGUGUGGAACAGGCAAAGCUCCAUCAGAACCGAGACGAUCAAAUUAGGCCGGAGCUACACGCAGCGCGGCCAAGACGAUCGGUCGAAACCGAAGUGGAGGACGUUUUGGAAGAAGUUCACAAGGAAAAAAAUCUUCACGUCUCCGGGUGGAUUCCAGGCUUCUUAUGAUCCGGAUGAGUAUUCACAGAAUUUCGAUCAAGGAACCGGGUGGGCCGAACCGGAUAAUCUGUCUCGGUCCUUCUCGGCUCGGUUUGCUGAGCCGUCUAGGUUCUCCAGGAGGAAUGCGUUGCAUUCAUGUGAGUGA